AUGUUUAAUAUAAAUAAGAUCAAAUAAAAGUUUCAUAUUGAGGAUUAUUCUGGAUCAGAGUAAGAAGACGACUAAAAGAAAUCAAUCGAAAAUUAAACAUUAUUUCAGACUACUUUAUUUUCAUCUUAAACAUUAAAUUGUAAAUAAUUAAAGAAAAAAUCAUUAGUAAAAUUAACCUCUAGCACUUUUUAACAAAUCAUUAUUAAAAUUUUGAUGAUGUUUUUGGAGAAGAAGAACUGCUUUAAAUGAAAUAAUUGAAUGAAAGUUCAUCCAAAAAAAAGAGGAGAAAACCUUAAUAAAAAUAAACUAUUGAUUCAGAAUAAUCAAAUGUUAAACAAAUUGAAAUACCUAAAGUAAAAGAAUCAGUUUAAAAGAAUUAAACUCAAAAAAAUGCUCAAUUAACUAAAAUUAAAAGUAAUAAAUUUACAUCUGAAGAAAAAUCAAGUGAGAUUUAAAAUAUAAUCCAAAUUUAAUAGAUCUAACUGACAAUACAAAACUGA